AUGGACAAGGCCAAGCCCAAGAUACAUAAUAGUGGUCCAAGGCGCACUAUUGAGGAGCUGCGGAGAGCGUUAUUUGCAUGGCGUAAAAAGCAACCCCCUGGGCAUGUCGAUAUUGUUCGUGAGCUGCCCACAAUGCCACUGUCCAAGCUUUCAGCCGUUAUACACAAAACCCUUUGCGGAGAGGGAAUGACAGAUUCGAUGUUCGCCGAGUCGAAACGCUUCUGCUUCGACAUCAAAGCAGACUACCUAGCAGUCUUCCUUAGAGACUUAGUAGUCGAUUUUCAUGGCGGCCCAGAAGCUGUACAAAGAGUAUCGAAGUUGAGUCAGAGAGUGAAGCUUGUCCAGGGGGACACAAAAAGCUUUACUUGCUUCAAAAGACUACCGGCGGAGCUGCGUGCCAAAAUCUGGAAGCUGGCAGUUCCAGGCCCUCGGCUGAUCAAUGUACAUACGAGGUGUGAUAGGCCGCGCGGGAGUGAGUGUCGGGAACGCAAUGACACCUAUUGCACUCAUGACUGGUGUCACAACUAUAACGGCUUCAAUGGAAAAUUCAGAGACGAUAAUGACUGGUUCACACUUACAAAAGAGAGCAACUAUAGACUUGCCUCGCUUGCAAGAACUUGCGUCGAAUCUAAUGAGGAGAUCAAUCGCAUAUAUUCCAAGAUGUUUAUCGUUGAGUUCAAAAGUGGUGUGCACCAGGACUCUGUCAUUUAUGUCGACCCAGCGAGGGACGUAUACUUUCUCCCGUGCAAUAGGACCAUGAUGGCACUCGACGAGAAAACGCUUGGAGUUAUAUCCAAGUUCAGAUCCUGCGCAAUAUGGCGGCCAAAAAGAGGUUCGUCACAUCUAAUUAUAGAGAAUCAAAGAUCUUGGUUUAGCCAAUCCGAGCGGUGUAAUCUGAACAAGAUCAUUGUUGUCGCGGAGGCCCAAUAUCUCCACGAACGCAUUCAGCUUCCAACAAUCAGAUCUCAAUAUUCACGGUUCAUGGAAUUGAGAAUCAUGAGAGCACGGGAUGCACAUCUACGGAAUGCCUGGACACCUAGCAAAGCCACUCCUUUGCUCAAUGUAUUGCGCCGCCCUCGAAAUUGUUCGACACAUGCCCCGACGAAAACAAGAAGAUUUGUACCAGUCGAUUUGGAUCUGGAUGUGGAGGGACCAAUAUCGAAUCGAGGGUCCAACGAUUUACCUCUCAAACACUGUCAUCCUAGGGCAAAGAUCUUCGAGUCUUGGUGGCGAACUUCUCAAAGGCCGGACUUUCGCCAUAUUCGCAACCUUGAGUUGACCUAUGUUCAUGCAUCUGAGAAACGGACUCUGUCAGAAGCAAACGCGUUCAUAGACCUUCACUUAUUGCUAGCGAUGCUGUACUGCUAUCGGGAGGCUAUCGAGCGUGAAGGGGAUGGUCUCUUCGCAGCCGUGAACUUUCCUUCGAAUUAUAACUGGGGCGCUGUAAAAAGUGCGAGGGAGAGUCGCUUCAGAAAAGAACUUAAGAAGCAGGAUACAGAGGACGAAGAUGUUUAG